AUCAACUACUCAAUGCACUUCAAUGGCGCGUAGGGUUAUAAUUUUUUGGCUAACGCAAUUUUGAAAGAGACAAUCGCUUCAAAGUCCAUUUAAAACUAGUGCAAGCAGCUUAAAAAGGGCAGUGGAGAUCUCUGAUUCUUCAGCAGCUCUCGUAAUUGCCAGAAAGUUUUGCUGCAAGAGAAAACUUGGGAUUUGCAAAGCUAAACUAUCUAUCUUUUCUCUUCUUAAUCUCUUGUCGUUGUUGUUUCUCUUUCUUUGACAUAAAUAUCCCUAAAAAAGAGAAGAUGGAUAGCAGUUAUUUUGGAGAACCAAACAUGGGAAAUGAAAGAGGAGGGUCGUCGUCUUCAAGAAAAGGCAAGAAGAGUAAUUCAGAUAAGCCUAAGCAACCCCAGAGAGGGCUUGGUGUUGCUCAAUUGGAGAAGAUCAGAUUACAUGGACAAAUGGGUUGUAGUUACCAUCCUUCUCUUCAUGGACCUUACACUGGAAAUUUCAACCAGGAAGACAUGAGAGUGCAGACAGCUUAUCCAUCUGUGCCAUCAUCAUCUCCAUCAACUUCCUCAGCUUCUUAUGGUUUCCAGUACCCCAGCAUGAUGAUGGGGCUUGGCGAAUAUGAUCAAAGAGCAAAUAUCAGAUAUGGUGAUUCCCAACCCAGUACUACAGCAAGUUGGAACCCCGGCAGUGGAAUCUUAGACUGUCAACAUUUUGCACAACCAAACAUGACUAGACAGCUUCUAAACCCACAUGUUGAGGAUUCACAAACAAAAAAGAGCAAGACACACCGGAGCAACUCAUUGGGAUCCAGCGGUCAGAGCUCUGAAUCAAGUGACACGCAAGAGCUAGAUUUGGAGCUCAGACUGUCAUUGUAAUCAGUAAUUUUCUGCCACUUAAAAGCAUGGAUUGCAUUUUAUGGUUCCCUUAGAAUUGUAAAUUCAAGAUAUGCAGUUCACAUACAAGUUGAGCAAGUUGAUGAACUUGUUUGAAUUUCAUUUGAAAGGAAUCUUUAGUAAUUAAAUGUAGAUUGACUUGCUGCAUGAGAUAUAGUGAAAAUUUGAUCUUCGUGUUCAUGAAUUGUCAAAGAAAUGAGGAUUAAAGUCAUAAUUCUCACAAAUUUCAAUUAUUUUAACGCUAGCAGUCAGCAUCUAACUGUAGCAACUUCUUGAAAAUCAAAUAUAGUUAGCCACUUUAUUCAAUUAAGAAGGUAAAAUGGAAAUUAAGAAUAAAACAUGUCAAGGAAACUGUAGUUAACCAAAGUACGUACUGUCCAAGUGGGGAUUAAAUGUUCUCAAUUAAGAUAAAAGUGAUCGAUCAGGAAUAACUUUGGAUGUCUUUCACAUCAUUUUCUUCAAAUACAUGACCUUACCAUGUGGCAUUGUUGCAAACAACUGACCUCAUAGUCAAUUAGGUGCUUUGCCAUUAUACAAUGAAAAUGAAACUUAGAUCAAAACCACUAGAUAAGGGUUAUGUCAAACAAGAAGAAAACAUAUCUUUCUUCACUUUAAACAAAAGCUCCGGAUAUGCUAUAAUACUUUGAUGUUUUAGAUUUAAUAGGGGGUAGUAAUUAAUAGAGAAAGGAAAAGGUGAACUAUAUAGUUAGUUUACUAUAGGGAAUCGAUACUUUCAAUGUUAUGCAAUUUGCUUUCCUAGUGGCUCCCAGCUGCAUUAACAGUUUUAAUUUGGUUUUGGUUUGGAAUCUUAAUUUGAUCUGAUUUAUGUAUAUGCUUUGAACAAUGAAAUCUUUAUCAGAGAGAAAGUGAGAGAGAAGAUAUAAGCUAUAUGGUUUAUUUUUCAUAUGAAAUGUGUCAAAUCUUCAACAAUGCCCACAAAGAGAAGUGUCGGUACUGCUUGAGAUCAGGUUCCGUACGCAUUAGUGGAGUAAUGUAUUCCUUAUUUAAAGUUUAUAGAUCACUAUUCUUUUUAAGCAAUAUCACUUUUAGGGUUGGUUUCGAUCAUAAAGUUGAUUACACAUGCCCUAGAUUAAUCAGGCUCAGACGAAGAGGCAAAAUCACCUGCAUGAAUUUCAUAGCUUUUUCUCUUGAAUUAUGGCUUUUCUUGCGCCAAUAAAUCAUGUAAAAGUUCUGACCAUUUUGGAUGAUUAAUUCAGAGGUAAUAUAGUAAAAAGAAGAAUGUUUCUGUUCAAUAUUGCUCAUCAAUCAACUGUUAAUGGAGCAGCAUUGUGUAUGUAAUUUUUCACAUGUGUUGAAGAAAGCAAUCUCUUUAUCCCUAAUGCUUCCCUUUUAUGAGCU